UUGUUGGCCGGCGUAGUUCUUUUGGCAUUUCUCUUGUUUGGAGGGUUUAUGGUUGGUAACAGUUAUGCCGGCGCACUCGCGUACAUAAUGACCAUUCCUCGCUAUGAAAAAACCGUUGAAACUAAGGUUGAUUUUGCUUCGAGUGGAUUUAAACUUACCGGAGGUGCCAUAGCGUGGAUGAACUCACUUGCGAACACUAAACAACCGGUUCUCGUGUCAAUAAGGGACAAUUUUAGGGUGUACGAUGUGGACACCUUGGCACGGUUUGUUCACACUCGGCGUGAUUUAGGUUUCAUCCAUGAGCGUUUGCAAUAUGGUGCCUACGCGCUGGAAACUUUCAUCGAUGUCAACGCAACUCGUCUGUUACAGCCGCUGAAAGAAGACGUGUUCUGGGAGCACGUGGUAUCCGCAUGCAGCAAAACAUGGCCGUUGAUGGCUUCAUAUGAUGAUUUAAUCUUGAGGAUACAUCAGGCCGGUAUUCUUCGUUACUGGGAACUUGGGAGCGUCAUCAGAAACAUGGGGCUUGAGAUUCAAAGGAAUUUGGCCAACGUUCGUAUUAAGGAUGCAGACAAUGACCCAGUUAAAUUGUCCAUGGCACAUUUCUUGGGUGUAUUCUUCAUAUUAUUUGCUGGUCUGACUUUGUCUACCAUCAUUUUUAUACUGGAGUUGGUGAUUCAUCGCACCAAAACUAAACGGAACAAUAUUGUUUGA